AUGGUCGCUGGCGGUAUCUCCCAGUUUUUCCCCGUUGGCUUCCAGUCGUCGAUUAUCGGCGUCUACGUGAUCCUCUUUGGUCUGGCCACCGCUCUCCUCGAGUUCCAGAUCCCUCCUCAGGUCUCGCGCUACGGAUCUUUCUUGUUCUCGUUCAUUGGUCGUGGUGUUUUCUACAUCUUCAUCGGCACCAUCCUUCUCCACGACGGCACUCUCAGGAUCAUCAUGGGCUCGCUUAUUGGUCUGGCUGGUGCUGCUUACGUCGCUUUGGAGUUCAUCCCCUCGAUCGAGCCCCCUGCCAAUAUGCGCGAGGCUGAUGCUGGGUGGGGUGCUGAGCAGGUUUAA